AAGUGCAUAAAGCCGCCGCCGCAGCAGGUUACCUUCUGCAGCCGCUCUGGGCUCUUCGUUCCGAGAGCAGCUGUCCCAAUGCCCCAGAGCGGCCAUGGGCGUCCCGCACUGGUGGGACCAACUGCGGGCGGGCAGCUCGGAGGUGGACUGGUGCGAGGACAACUACACCAUCGUGCCUGCCAUCGCCGAGUUCUACAACACGAUCAGCAACAUCUUGUUUUUUGUUUUGCCGCCCAUCUGCAUGUGCUUAUUUCGUCAGUAUGCAACAUGCUUCAACAGUGGCAUCUAUUUAAUAUGGACUCUUUUGGUUGUAGUGGGAAUUGGAUCCGUCUACUUCCAUGCAACCCUUAGUUUCCUGGGUCAGAUGCUUGAUGAACUUGCAAUUCUUUGGGUUCUGAUGUGUGCUCUGGCUAUGUGGUUCCCCAGAAGGUAUCUACCAAAGAUCUUUCGGAAUGACAGGGGCAGGUUCAAGGCAGUGGUCUGUGUCCUGUCUGUGGUUACAACGUGCCUGGCAUUUGUCAAGCCGGCCAUCAACAACAUCUCUCUGAUGACCCUGGGGGUUCCCUGCACUGCCCUGCUCAUUGCGGAGCUAAAGAGGUGUGACAACGUGCGUGUAUUUAAGCUGGGCCUCUUCUCGGGCCUCUGGUGGACACUCGCCCUCUUCUGCUGGAUCAGUGACCGGGCCUUCUGUGAGCUGCUGUCGUCCUUCCACUUCCCCUACCUGCACUGCGUGUGGCACAUCCUCAUCUGCCUGGCUGCCUACCUGGGUUGCGUGUGCUUUGCCUACUUUGACGCUGCCUCAGAGAUCCCCGAGCAAGGCCCUGUCAUCAAGUUCUGGCCCAGCGAGAAGUGGGCCUUCAUCGGCGUCCCUUAUGUGUCCCUCCUUUGUGCCAGCAAGAAGUCAUCGGUCAAGAUCACGUGAUGGCAGGAAGGUGGCUGUGUUCUCUGCUUAUUUUCCCUCAUUCUCUGGGCUUCAUUCACUAGCAAGGACAGCCAGGGGUAUUCACAGAGUGGGGGGGUUGCCAUUCUAAACUCUGACUCCCACGGGCUCUAACUGAUAUGUCUAUGGUCCACUAGGAUCCACUGUGCAUCGGGAGCCACGAGUAUCUUUGCCACCCCCAAAGAUGGAAAGCAGAGGGUGUGGGGGCACGCGGUGUCACUUUCAGGUGCAGUGGCUUGUUGUGCUGUGUCCUUUGUGGUGAUGGCUGAGCAGCUCCUCUGAGUGACCUAGUUCUGCACAGGGUCUUUCUUCCUGGAGACAGUUUGCUCAUUCCAGACCCUGCCAUUCCCAGGUACUUGGUUUGGACACUACCAUUAACAGGCAGACCCUCCGGCAGAUGAGACCCUCUGACUGUCUGGUGGAAGAUGCCAGAAACUGUCCUUACAUGAAACCAAACAAUCCAUACACAGGGCUUAUGGCUAAGGAGGCUAGUUUCUCACCUGCAACUCUCAACUAACCCAGGUUUUACAUCCAUUUGUGAAUCCUGCUACCUCUGCUGAGAGAUGGAGUCUUGACUUCAGAUGAGGGUAAAGCUAAUGAGAAAAACCCUCGAUGCCAAAAACUAUACUCCACUUUAAGCCAGUCUUGAAGAUGAGCACACUUUUUAAAUGUUGACAUUGUUUAAGCACCUCUCCCCCCAUCUCUGUGGUGUAAUACACACAGAGGAAUGUAGUGUGAACUGUGUUCCACACGUGCCCCACCCUGCUCACUCCUGGACCUCUAAGAUUUCCAGAGGGCUCAUUACAAUCGUGGUGGGGAUUCUGGUUCAGAAUUUGGAGCAAACAUGAAAUUUUUUCAGAUUCUCGCUCAUUUGAAGCCUCCUGUGUAUUACACUUUUCUGGAAUUACCUUCCGGAAUCUUGCCUCUUCUUUCUGAAAUUUCAGUGUGGGAAUUACACUCCACAUUCUCACAGGUGCUUCCUGUCAUCUCUCACAGCUUUUGAUGCUCCCUUUUCUCAGUGCUGGCACUAACUGCAUGCUGACGGGCUGAAGGGGUUUGUGCAGUAGGGCAAGUUGGUUGCCUUCUGGGUUUUUCUAACUUAAAGUAACACUGGCUACAACAAAUCUCUUUGCUGGGCUUGCUCAAAGAUUCCAAAACUGUGCAAGUUGUAAGGUGGGAAGUAUCGACCUCAGGGAAACUCAUUUUAACUCAGGCAUCUCCUGCUUUUUAACAGUCAGUAUAGGGAGAUAACAGGACAGACAUGUCCUUCCUGUGUGGACAGAAGUUGUGUCCUGUCCUAAGUGUCUAAGAGUUGGUCAGUAGCAGGUUUUUGGCAUGUAUAGGAAUCUUACACUGGUUAGAAUUUGCACAGCAUCCAAGGCAAAAAGCCCAAUAAGGAACUGAAUUUAGAGUUUAAAAAUUAAUGACUCGACUCUACUUCUGUUGGUUUUCAAAUUCUUUUAGCAGCAGAACCCUGCUUAUGGUAAUCAUGGAAACCCAAUAUGUGAAAUAGGUUGUAUUUUAUUAGCUUAAAUCUACUUUAAGGUUAAAUUGAUAGCGUUUACUAAAUAAUAUAUAAGGAGGUGAAAAUGCAGAUUAGCUGGUGAUUUCUAAGGUUGAAACAUCCGGUAUUGAAUGAGUGUAUUGUAUUAUAGUAAAAAAUAGGUUUUGAAAAUGAUCUUUGAAUUAAAUGCUUGUGGGAACUCUGAUGCACCUCUGUGAGAUCUAGGAGGUUGUGGAACGGAAUUUGGAAACUGCUUUGAGUCCAAAAGUCCUUUGGAUUUCCAGUCUAGAGUUUUUUAAAGAGAAACGUCAGAUGGCUCUUACUACAGGUUGACCUUACUAGGCAGGGAUUCUGGUCCCAUCUCUUCCGCAGAAUAAAAAUGCUCCAGAGUGGGAGGGUUGGUAUAUUUUAGUCCAGCUGUCUUAAUGCAGAAACAUAGAUAUGGAGAAAGAGCAUAUAGGAAAGAAGGGCUAUUUCUCCCAUUAAGGGUGAAGGGACUUGUUCCCUGGAGGUCCUGGUAACCCCCCUCCCCCCACCUCUGGCCCCAAAGCAUUGACCUUGCCUUCAGAAGGGACCUGGAAUAGGGAUAAAAUUUGACCUUUGGGUAUAUUUGAAUAGGUCUGGAAGUGAGAACCCUGACAUACAGGGCUAUUUUCACCCCUCUUUCCCAAGACAAAUGACUAGUUUAAGAUGCAAAAAGAAUGCUCUUGAUAUGCUAAACAGAAUGCCCUUCUAGAGAUUGGUUCCGAUGAGAUGAAGGGUGGAAUAGGUGUAUUUGAGGAGGACCAAACAUUACUUUCAAACAGAACUCACUAUAGCUUGUCAGUUUGGGAUGGUAAAUCAAGAGAGUAGGAAUAUACUCACCUUUUUAAAGUUGUAUUUAUGGCAUCAUUCAUAUUUUAUAAAUAUGCUCUUUGAAGAAAAAUGGGAAACUAUAGAAGUUGAAAAAGGAAAAAUGUAACCUGUAUUUCUAUUGCCCAAGCACAGCCACUGUUAAUAUUUUGGUAUAUUACCUUUGUGUCUUUCUUUUUUUAAAAAUAUUGUUGUAAAUAGGUAUCUUUUAGAGAUGACAAUUUAUACUGCAGCUUGGCUGGAAUGUAAAUGCCAGUCGUGUGUUUUUUAUAAAGAGCAGGUUUUGGAAUUCACUAGAGUUAGUUAUACACUUGAGUGCUAAUCACUGGAAUCUGAGACUUACUCUACUGAGUCUUUCUGUUUGAGCCUAACAGGAAUGGGCUGUAAGAAAGAAUGAACUGAAUUCUUUUUGAUAGCCUCCUUCAGCUGGAUUUACGAGACAUAGAAAAUAGCUGUAAAUAUGUGACUCUAUAGGAUUUAAUAUUUUCAGAUAAAAAAAUGAGUGGCUUAUUUCUUUAAGCGACAUGCAAUUGGGAAUCUUAUUUUCAAUAAUGCAGGCAAGUGGAAAAUUUAAGGGUUAGGUCAUGGCGAUUACUCUGAACAAGUAUCAGAUUUUUGUUCUGGUUAGAAUGUAUAGAAGCUUGAUUCCUGGCAGGAACUGGAUUUAGGAUAUAAAAGACAUUAAUGUUAUCAAGUGAUAAUUUAAGUCAGUGAUUCUUGUUUUACAGUGUUUGAUUUAUAGUUGAUUUUUAGGAAGGGAAGCCUUUUCUCACCUUUAUGAUUAUGUUAUUAUAAAACAAGCAUGUUGAUGAACAUAUUUGGGAGUGUGUUGAUGAGUUAUCUUAAUCCGUUUGUUAACUGGCUAACUUUUUGAGGAACUCUGUGCCUGUGCCUCUGAAGAGAACCUAAGACAUUAAUUGUGGAUUGAAGAUGUUCUACUGGGGGACAGAGCUUGAAGGUCGACAAAUGCAGGCUUUAUAAAAAACUCACUGCUCAGUUCACUGGAUCUCUCAGGCAUGUAGUAACUUCUCUCUCCAGUUCUUUUACUUACAUGAGCUUAAAUGCAGUGUUGGAGGCUCUGGGGCUGGAAUCUGAGCCUUCCCUGGCUCUUUAUCCCCGGGACUAGUGUGGAACUGAUUGUGGACAUGGGUGAGGGCUGCCGAGGCUUGUCCGGCCAGAGCCCCUCUCAUGGCUGCUUUUCCCUGAAAUAAAUUUGGAACCUUUGGGUCAGGGCUUGGCCUGGGUGCUGUCAGUCCAGCUGAUCAAAGAGAGGUCUUGGCCAGGUUGGGAUUCUCAAUGGAUUUUAUAGAUGUCAUUCUCCUAUAGAUUUUUUACAAAAUCACCCUUACUCUAAGGGACUAAUUGUUUGAAUUAUAUCUUUUCCUAAAUGUUGAACCAGAUUUAAGACUACUUUGUAACCACAAUAUGUAAUCAGAGCAAAUACAGUAUUUUUGGCUUUAUUCCCUGUUUUAUUUACAAGGGAGUGUUGUAUGAGGAGUGGCAAGCUCAUUGGCUGUGGUAACAAUCUCCGUUGCUUGGGGGGUGACUUUAGGCCUUUUGAAAUGGAGCCUGUGCACUUUAUGCCCUUUUAGUGAACUAUGACAGCUGUGUUUGAUAUUAAAGCUAUAAGUGGCAUUUUCUGUGUAUGUUUAUUUCUGAAGCACCCACAGUGAAAAUGCAUUUAAUGGAUUAUAGAACAAAGCACAUUUGCCCAAAUUAAUUAGUUAAGGGAUUUAGGUAUCAGUGUUAUUAAACAUGCUUAAAAUUAAUGAAGUUAAUUGUUUGUUUCUUCUCAGAGCUGUGAAUUAAUACAUUAAAUAUUUUUAAUAUAAAGUA